UCUGUUGGAUUUCAGCCACUGUGCUUAAGAGGCUUUUUAGUGAGACUGACAGAGGAGAAAUUCCAAGGACUCUGACUGAAAUGUACACACACUUCCUGAUCUUUCAGACAAGUUUAAAAAAUGACAAGUAUAUGAAAAACCAUGAAAGUAAGAUUAUGGAAUACAGCAAGGAAUUCCUUUUAAAACUUGGUAAACUGGCUUUUGACAACCUUGAGAAAGGCAAUCUCAUAUUUUAUGAACAAGAUCUGACAGAGAAUGGCAUUGAUGUCACUGAAACUUCAGUUUACUCUGGAGUGUGCACAGAAGUCUUUAAAGAGGAGUAUGGGUUGUACCAGGAGAAGGUGUACUGCUUUGUGCAUCUGAGCAUCCAGGAGUAUCUCGCUGCUUUAUAUGUGUUUCUGUCAAACUCAUCAGCUGACCUGCUGAAGACUGCAGUGGAUCAGGCAUUAGAGAGCAGGAAUGGACACUUGGACCUCUACCUCCGCUUCCUCCUUGGCCUCUCAACAGACUCCAGUAAGACUCUGUUACAAAGACUAUUGGGGCCGACAGAAACCAGCUCACAUACCAUUAAGGAAACAGCCCAAUGCAUCAAGGAGAAAAUAAAGGAGAAUUUAUCUCCAGAAAGGACAAUCAACCUGUUCCACUGUCUGAAUGAACUGGGUGACAAUUCUCUAGUACAGGAAGUACAAAGAUACCUGAAUUCAGGAAACAUUUCAGCAGAUGACCUCUCACCUGCACAGUACUCAGCUCUGGCCUUUGUGAUGCUGAUGUCAGAUGAGGAGCUGGAUGUGUUUGAUCUGAAGAAAUACAUCAGACGAGAGAAACAGCACUGCAGGCUGCUGCCUGUGGUCAAGAACUCCAGGACGGCUCUGCUGAACAGCUGUGAUCUCAUAGAUAAACACUGUGAAGUGCUGUCUUCAGCUCUAAGAUCAAACUCUUCCCCCCUGAGAGAGCUGGACCUGAGUGACAAUAACCUGAAGGAUUCAGGAGUGAAGCUGCUCUCUGCUGCACUGGGGGAUUUACACUGUAAACUGGAGAUACUGAGGCUGUCAGGCUGUAGAGUCACAAAAGAAGGCUGUUCUUCCCUGGCUUCAGCUCUGAAGUUAUACCCCUCACACCUGAGAGAGCUGGAUCUGAGCUACAAUCACCCAGGAGACUCAGGAGUGAAGCUGCUCUCUGCUGUACUGGAGGAUCCCAGCUGUAAACUGGAGAAGCUGCAGGUGGGCUGGUGUGAACUCACAGAGAAAUGCUGUGAGGCACUGGCUUCAGCUCUCAGAUCAAACUCAUCACCCCUGAGAGAGCUGGACCUGAGUGACAAUGACCUGCAGGACUCAGGAGUGAAGCUGCUCUCUGCUGGACUGGGGGAUUCGUACUGUAAACUGGAGAUACUGAGGCUGUCAGGGUGUAGAGUCACAGAACAAGGCUGUUCUUCCCUGGCUUCAGCUCUGAGGUCAAACCCCUCACACCUGAGAGAGCUGGAGCUGAGCUACAAUCACCCAGGAGACUCAGGAGUGAAGCUGCUCUCUGCUGUACUGGAGGAUCCCAGCUGUAAACUGGAGAAGCUGAAUGUGGAUCACGGUGGAGAGUGCAGGACCAGACCAGGCUUACAGAAAUACUCCUGCCAGCUGACGCUGGACCCCAACACAGCACAUAGACUCCUGUCUCUGUCAGGGGGGAACAGGAAGGUGACACGAGGAGCAGAGCAGCCAUAUCCUGAUCAUCCAGAGAGAUUUGACAGCUGCCCCCAAGUUCUGUGCAGAGAGAGUCUGACUGGCCGCUGUUACUGGGAGGCUGAGUGGGAUGGAGUUGCAGUCCUGAUAGGAGUGACUUAUAAAGGGAUCAGGAGGAAAGGAGGGAGGGGCUGUGUGCUUGGAUACAAUGACAAGUCAUGGAGUCUGUGCUGUAAUACUGACAGUUACUCUGUCCAGCACAAUAAUAAUCAUACUCUCAUACCCAUAGAGCCCUCAUGCCCCCGCAGAGUAGGAGUGUAUCUGGACUGGGGGGCUGGUGCUCUGUCCUUCUACAGAGUCUCCUCUGAUGGACUGACCCCCCUGCACAGAUUCAGCUCCUCAUUCACUGAGUCCCUCUAUCCAGGGUUUGGGGUUUUUAACUCCUCAGUGUCACUGUGACGUGUUGCUGGUUCUCCUGGAAAAAAGGUAAAAUCUCUGCUUUUUAAUCUUUAUAAUCAUUUUUACUCUGAAAUGUAUAUUUGAAAAAAGUAAAUGACUGUGUUCAGUGAGCUGAAUAAAUAUGAAAAAUAUAGUUUUAUAGUUUUUCUCUCUGACUAAAAUGUAACUAUAUGUAAUCCUCAGGGCAGCAGGGUGGUGCAGUGGUUAGCACUGUUGCCUCACACCUAUGGGACCCGGGUUCGAGUCUCCGCCUGGGUUAUAUGUGUGUGGAGUUUGCAUGUUCUCCCCAUGUCAUUGUGGGGUUUUCUCUGGGUACUCUGGUUUCCCCCCCACAGUCCAAAGACAUGCUGAGGCUAAUUGGUGUUGCUAAAUUGCCCGUAGGAAUGCAUGUGUGAGUGACUGGUGUGUGAGUGUGCCCUGCGAUGGGCUGCCCCCCCAUCCUGGGUUGUUCCCUGCC